UGUGAAUACCUUCUGUGGUUCAGUACAGGGAUUCCCUUCAGUGAUAUGCCAUACACAAGUCGUUAGCAAAGAGGAUGAAUUGAAGGACUGAAAAACAAAAUGUUUAUAACAAGGCCGCCUGUGGAGAAAUUCAAAGGGAAGGUUAACCCAAGGGAGGAGUUUUCUCAAAUCGAUAUUAUUCUGAUCGUCGCUUUCCUCUUUCUGACUGCCUUCAGCAUAUUGCAAGUGGUUUUCGCUCACUUGCCAGAUUUGGCAGCAACAACCAAUGUCACGACAACUUCAGAAAUGUCCAGCCAAAUGAACAAGGUGCCUGUUUCUGUGGUCACAAUCCUCGCCCUGAUUGUGAUGUUCUCUGCUUUCAUCCUUCGAAUUGUGCUGUUGUUCAGGUGCGCGCACAGGCAUCGGAAGCUGAGUGUGGCCGUGAUGUUGCUGAACUAUACAAGCCUCAUUCUCUACAUUGUCGCCGCUGCCCUGGCGCAUGAUACCAACCCACAUCGAGGCUCAUGGUUCAUGGCCGCCGCGGCGGUCACCUUGCUGGCAGUCCUGACGGCAGUUUUCAACUUCAUCAGUACCAUGAAAGCAAUGAAACAAGUUUAAACUAUCUACAUCUUACCAACAGCGCCAUAUUACUUAGAAACUUUUGCCACUGUGGCAGUGUGUUUGUCUCCUUUUCCCUGAACUAUAUUCACUCUAUUUGUGCCUAUAAUUCACCUCAUUGUACUCGGCUAACAAUCUCGUUGAGCUGCAGUGCGACGCGGAAAUUUUUCAGUAUAAUAGGUGUAUUUUCU